UAUAAAAAGGCAACCAACCUUUGUUUGAGUGCAAAAAUGGCCAGGCUCGUACUCCUUGCCGGGUUUGCAUUGAUGCUUAGCGUGCAGCUAGGUUCUGCGUAUGAGUUAAUAUGUUACUUCAGCAGCUCAGCACAGUACAGACCCGGACUUGGAAGUUUUAAGUCUGAAAAUAUUGACCCAUGCCUCUGUACUCAUCUUAUCUAUGCCUUUGCUGGAAUGUCUAAAAAUGAAAUCACCACUUUGGAGUGGAAUGACAUGGAUAAAUAUGAAGCUUUACAAAACCUAAAGAAGCAGAACAAGGAUUUGAAAACUUUAAUAUCUAUUGGUGGAUGGAACUUUGGAACUGCACCUUUUACUACCAUGGUCUCAACAUUCAAGAACCGUGAAAUGUUUAUUAAAUCUGUGAUUGAGUUCCUACGAAAGUAUGACUUUGAUGGUCUGGAUAUAGAUUGGGAAUACCCUGGGGCCCGUGGUAGCCCCCCACAGGACAGACACCUCUUUACUGUUCUGGUCCAGGAAAUUAAAGCAGCUUUUGAAUUAGAAGCCUUAAAAGCCAAGAAACCGAGACUGAUGAUAACUGCAGCUGUGGCCUCUGGUAUAGGCAACAUUCAGUCAAGUUAUGAGAUACCUCAAAUCUCUGAAGCUUUGGAUUACAUCCAUGUUAUGACCUAUGACCUGCAUGGUUCUUGGGAAGGCUAUACUGGAGAGAACAGCCCACUGUUUGGACCACAUAGCUUGAAUGUUGAUUACAUUUUGUACUACUGGAAGAAGCAUGGUGCACCAGCUUCCAAACUCAUUGCUGGCUUCCCAACCUUUGGGCGCACUUUCCAUCUGAAAAACCCAUUUGACACUGCCAUUGGUGCUCCUACCUUGGGACCAGGACCAGCUGGCAUCUAUACAAGGCAGCCUGGAAUAUGGUCUUACUAUGAGAUCUGCCAUUUUCUUAAAACUGGGGCCAGGAGUGAAUGGUCUUUUUCAGAAGAUGUUCCUUAUGCCUUCCAGGGAAGUUACUGGGUGGGGUAUGAUAAUACCAUCAGUUUCCAGCUGAAGGCUGAUUGGUUGAUGCAAAAUAACUUCGGAGGAGCAAUGAUUUGGUCACUUGACAUGGAUGAUUUUACUGGUACAUUUUGCAACCAGGGCAAAUUCCCUCUUGUCUCUGCAUUAAAGGAAACCCUUGGAAUUGAGUCUACCGCUUGUACCUCUCCAUCUUCACCCAAAACUCCUCCAGCUGGUCACAAGCACAAUAACCCUAAUUCUAGACAACCUGAGGGCACUGACUCUCCAAAGAGCAGUGAGUCUGAAAACCACCCAAGCACUGGAAGCCACCAAAAGAGCAAUGAAUCUAAUAACCAUCCAAAGAUCCCAAACAAUCCAAAGGGAAGUGGUACUGAUAAACAUUCAACGAGUAGUCAUAGUAAUUCUAAACAUGAUCAUUCUGGCAAUAGUCCUAGUUCAACUGGCACUGGAUUCUGUGUGGGAAAAGCUACUGGUUUAUACCCAGUAGCAGGAAAAAGAAAUGCCUUCUGGAACUGUUGGAAAGGGCUUACCUAUAAGCAAGAUUGCCCUGCAGGUCUGAUUUUUACUGAGGACUGUCAAUGCUGUGUUUAUAACUCUUCUCCAGCAAAAAGCAGUGAUAAUGUGAGUGGCAAAGGAUUCUGCGUUGGAAGAUUAACUGGUCUUUACCCAGUACAAGGGAAUAAAAAUGCCUUCUGGAACUGCUGGAAAGGGCUAACUUAUCAACAAGACUGCCCUGUUGGUCUGAUUUUUGAUCAGAGCUGUCAGUGUUGUUCCAAGUCUGCUCCAUCAUCUAAUCAACCUAUUCAGCAUCCCAAGGGUAGUGAACCUAUUCAGCAUCCCAAGGGCAGUGAACCUAUCCACAAGAGUAGUGAACCCAAGGAACAUCCUAAGAGCACAGAGCCUAAAGAGCACCCUAAGAGCAAUGAACCCAAAGAACAUCCAAAAAGCAGUGAGCCUAUUCAGCAUCCCAAGGGCACUGAGCCUAUUCAACAUCCCAAGGACACUGACCCUAUUCAACAUCAUAAGAGCACUGAGCCUAUUCAGCAUCCCGAAGGCACUGAGCCUAUUCAACAUCCCAAGGGCACUGAGCCUAUUCAGCAUUCCAAGGGCAGUGAACCUAUUCAACAUCCCAAAAGUAGUGAACCCAAGGAACAUCCUAAGAGCACAGAGCCCAAAGAGCAUCCUAAGAGCAACGAACCCAAAGAACAUCCAAAAACCACUGAACCUAAAGAGCGUCCCAAGAGCAAUGAGCCUAUUCAACAUACCAAGGGAAGUGAGCCUAUUCAGCAUCCUAAAGAUAGUGAGCCUAUUCAGCAUCCCAAAGGCAGUGAGCCUAUUCAGCAUCCCAAGGGCAGUGAGCCUAUUCAACAUCCCAAGGGCACUGAGCCUCUUCAACAUCCUAAGAGCACUGAGCCUAUUCAGCAUCCCAAGGGCACUAAGCCUAUUCAGCAUCCCAAGGGCACUGAGCCUAUUCAGCAUCCCAAGGGCACUGAGCCUAUUCAGCAUCCCAAGGGAAAUGAACCUAUUCAACAUACCAAGAGUAGUGAACCCACGGAACAUCCUAAGAGCACAGAGCCUAAAGAGCAUCCUAAGAGCAAUGAACCAAAAGAUCAUCAAAAAAGUAAUGAACCGAUUCAGCAUCCCAAGGGCAGUGAACCUAUUCAGCAUCCCAAGGGCAGUGAACCAGUUCAGCAUCCCAAGGACACUGAACCUAUUCAGCAUCCUAAGGGCAGUGAACCUAUUCAGCAUCCCAAAAGUAGUGAACCCAAGGAACAUCCUAAGAGCACAGAGCCUAAAGAGCAUCCUAAGAGCAACGAACCCAAAGAACAUCCGAAAACCACUGAACCUAAAGAGCAUCCCAAGAGCAAUGAGCCUAUUCAACAUCCCAAGGACAGUGAGCCUAUUCAGCAUCCCAAAGGCAGUGAGCCUACUCAUCAUCCCAAGGGCACUGAGCCUAUUCAGCAUUCCAAGGGCAGUGAACCUAUUCAACAUCCCAAAAGUAGUGAACCCAAGGAACAUCCUAAGAGCACAGAGCCCAAAGAGCAUCCUAAGAGCAACGAACCCAAAGAACAUCCAAAAACCACUGAACCUAAAGAGCGUCCCAAGAGCAAUGAGCCUAUUCAACAUCCCAAGGGCAGUGAGCCUAUUCAGCAUCCCAAAGGUAGUGAGCCUACUCAUCAUCCCAAGGGCACUGAGCCUAUUCAACAUACCAAGGGCAGUGAGCCUAUUCAGCAUCCUAAAGAUAGUGAGCCUAUUCAGCAUCCCAAAGGCAGUGAGCCUAUUCAGCAUCCCAAGGGCAGUGAGCCUAUUCAACAUCCCAAGGGCACUGAGCCUCUUCAACAUCCUAAGAGCACUGAGCCUAUUCAGCAUCCCAAGGGCACUACGCCUAUUCAGCAUCCCAAGGGCAGUAAGCCUAUUCAGCAUCCCAAGGGCACUGAGCCUAUUCAGCAUCCCAAGGGCAAUGAACCUAUUCAACAUACCAAGAGUAGUGAACCCACGGAACAUCCUAAGAGCACAGAGCCUAAAGAGCAUCCUAAGAGCAAUGAACCAAAAGAUCAUCAAAAAAGUAAUGAACCGAUUCAGCAUCCCAAGGGCAGUGAGCCUAUUCAACAUACCAAGGGCAGUGAGCCUAUUCAGCAUCCUAAAGAUAGUGAGCCUAUUCAGCAUCCCAAAGGCAGUGAGCCUAUUCAGCAUCCCAAGGGCAGUGAGCCUAUUCAACAUCCCAAGGGCACUGAGCCUCUUCAACAUCCUAAGAGCACUGAGCCUAUUCAGCAUCCCAAGGGCACUAAGCCAAUUCAGCAUCCCAAGGGCAGUGAGCCUAUUCAGAAUCCCAAGGGCAGUGAACCAGUUCAGCAUCCCAAGCACACUGAACCUAUUCAGCAUCCUAAGGACAGUGAACCUAUUCAGCAUUCCACGGGUAGUGAACCCAAGGAACACCCUAAGAGCAAUGGACCCAAAGAACAUCCAAAAAUUCAUGAGCCUGUUCAGCAUCCUAAAGGCAGUGAGCAUAUUCAGCAUCCCAAAGACACUGAGCCUAUUCAGCAUCCAAAGGGUACUGAGCCUAUUCAACAUCCCAAGGGCACUGAGCCUAUUCAGCAUUCCAAGGGCACUGGACCUAUUCAACACCCCAAGAGUAGUGAACCAAAGGAACAUCCUAAGAGCACAGAGCCUAAAGAGCAUCCUAAGAGUAAUGAACCCAAAGAACAUCCAAAAACCACUGAACCUAAAGAGCAUCCCAAGGGUAGUGAGCCUAUUCAACAUCCCAAGGACAGUGAGCCUAUUCAGCAUCCCAAGGGCACUGAGCCUAUUCAACAUACCAAGGGCAGUGAGCCUAUUCAGCAUCCUAAAGGUAGUGAGCCUACUCAGAAUCCCAAAGGCAGUGAGCCUACUCAGCAUCCCAAGGGCAGUGAGCCUAUUCAGCAUCCCAAGAGCAGUGAGCCUAUUCAACAUCCUAAGAGCACUGAGCCUAUUCAGCAUCCCAAGGGCACUGAGCCUAUUCAACAUCCCAAGGGCACUGAGCCUAUUCAGCAUCCCAAGAGCAGUGAACCUAGUCAACAUCCCAAGAGUAGUGAACCCACGGAACAUCCUAAGAGCACAGAGCCUAAAGAGCAUCCUAAAAGCAAUGAACCAAAAGAUCAUCCAAAAAGUAGUGAACCGAUUCAGCGUCCCAAGGGCAAUGAACCUAUUCAGCAUCCCAAGGCCAGUGAACCAGUUCAGCAUCCCAAGGGCACUGAGCCUAUUCAGCAUCCCAAGGGCAGUAAACCAGUUCAGCAUCCCAAGGGCACUGAGCCUAUUCAGCAUCCCAAGGCUAGUGAACAUCCCAAGGGCAGUGAACCUAAGGAGCACCCCAAGGGCAUUGAACCUGAUCAGCAUCCCAAGGGCAAUAAGCCUAUUCAGCAUCCCAAGGGCAGUGAGCCUAUUCAGCAUUCCAAGAACAGUGAACCCAUUCAGCAUCCCAAGGGUAGUGAGCCCAAGGAACAACCAAAGAGUACAGAACCUAAAGAGCACCCUAAGAGUAAUGAACCAAAAGAACAUUCAAAAAGUAGUGAACCUAAAGAGCAUCCUAAGGGCAAUGAACCAAUUCAGCAUCCCAAGGGCAGUGAGCCUAUUCAGCAUCCCAAGGGCAGUGAGCAUAUUCAGCAUCCCAAGGGCAGUGAGCCUAUUCAGCAUCCCAAGGGCAGUGAGCCUAUUCAGCAUCCUAAGGGUAUUGAACCUACUCAGCAUCCCAAGAACAAUGAACAUAUGGAACACCCAAAAAGCAGUGAACCAAAAGAGAAACCUAAAAGUAGUAAACCUAAAGAGCAACCCAAAGACAAUGAACCUAAGGAACAUCCAAAAGAAAAUCAGCAUAAAGAGCAUUCCAAGAGCAGUGAACCUAAGGAAAAACAAAAGAACAGUGAACCAAAAGAUCACCCUAAGGGCAAUGAACCAAAGGAGCAUCCCAAAAACACUACAUCUAGAGGAAGCUCUGGAUUUUGUUCUGACAAAGUUAGUGGCUUUUAUCCCGUCAAAGGAGACAAGAAUGCUUUCUGGCAUUGUGACAACGGCAUUACCUAUCGUCAAAACUGCCCUGCUGGUCUCGUUUUUGAGCUCAGCUGCCACUGCUGCAACUAUCCACCACCUCCCACAAAGACAAAAGAAUUCUGUUCUGGGAAAGCCAGUGGCAUAUACCCUGUAGCUGGGGAAAAUAAUGCUUUCUGGAACUGUGCAAAUGGAAUAACCUACAAAGAAUACUGCUCUACUGGCCUUGUAUUUGAUGUGAGCUGUGAUUGCUGCAACUAUGCUCCCACUCCUCCAGCCAAGACUCAGAAAGAAUUCUGUGCUGGAAAAGCCAGUGGUCUUUAUCCUGUAGCUGGUGACAAGAAUGCUUUCUGGAACUGUGCAAAUGGAAUUACGUACAAACAAUACUGCUCUACUGGCCUUGUGUUUGAUGAAAGUUGUGAAUGCUGUAAUUAUCCUUAGGCGAGUGACAGUGGCAGUAACGAAGGUGAUCUUGUUCUGCAAACUGGCAAAAAAAAGAAACUUUGGAAGCAGAAAGUUGGAUUAAGCUGCAGGCAUAGAAUAAUUGAUUCUGGUCAACAAAUUGUUUACAGUGAUGACUGAGUUACCCUCACUGCAGCAUCUUUUGCCAGUUCCAACAGAAAUAAAUGAAUCACUACUCAAACAA